AUGGGUCAGCUCGACCGGUUACAGGACACGGGUGACAAACGAGGGCAUAGUCCACCUGAUGGCUUUCCUGUUAUUUGUGUGGCCCCAAUUGCUCCUGAAGAUUUAUCUACUGGACUCGCAGUUGUGUAUGGAUUCACUCCACGCCUAGUUACAGGUAACGAUCACCGCGUUGGUUUUGGUUUCCGAUUUGGCAAUCACGCAGACUUUCAAAUUCUUUACGAGUUCGGCCCACAGACCAUCACGAAACCUCUACAGCCAGCCAAGACGCGAUCAACAACGUACCGUAAACAUGUGAGAAAAACGCGUCGUCGUCCCAUCAUAGAGCUGCUGCUACGAGCCGGUUUGCUCCGAGAAGUUGAACGAGUUGAAAACUUAGAUAUUUAA